CCAAAGCAAACGCUUACAGGCCUCAAACUGGAAGAAGAGCACAGAAAAGCUUGGACAAAAAGAUAGCAUCUGUUGUUUACCGAGUUCAAGUGUACUGCAAAUCAAAUCAUGGCUGGAAUCGCAUACAAGAAUGAGAAGCCUUUGGCCGACAAUACUGAGCACCGUAUUCGUCUCACCCUUACUUCUCAGGACGUUAAAUCACUCGAGAAAGUGUGCGCUCAACUCAUCGAGGGAGCAAAGAAUGAGAACCUUGUUGUGAAGGGCCCCAUUCGCCUCCCAACCAAGGUGCUCCGCAUCACUACUCGCAAAACUCCUUGCGGAGAGGGAUCCAAAACAUGGGAUCGUUUUCAGAUGCGCAUUCACAAGCGUCUGAUCAACCUGCAUACACCUGCUGAUCUCCUGCGUCAGAUUACCUCAAUCUCCAUCGAGCCUGGAGUCAAUGUUGAGGUUACUCAGGCCAACUGAGCGAGAAUCAUCAGGUGGACAGGAAUAAUUGUUUGCACAUGGCUGCCUUGUUCCUUGUUAUCCGCCAUUAAAUUGAUUUGUUGUCUUGUUCUCUGUGU